AUGGCAGCGUCAAUGGUCAUUCCAGAAAUAGGAUCUGAAUGUCCUAUGCUCAAACUCAAAAUCUAUACUCUAGUUUUCCUGUCAGGAAGGGAGAGCGGAACAGUGAAAAGCCAGCGGUCGCCGGCUAGACGAAAAACGGUAGCUGAACAAGUUAUCCUUCCACAACACGGCAAUCGUAUUUGCACUUUGCUUGAUUCGAAUGUUGUAAGGCUUAUUCUCUCUGUUGCUAUGGCCGUGCCGAGUCCAUAUUUUUCGUGGGCACCGGCACUAUCCAUCAGCGACCAAAUAUGCGAAGAAGGGGGUGGAGAAGGCAUCAUUGGCGACACCGAGAGACUAUACACUCGUAAUAUCUUCGCACAAAACGGGGAUGACGCUCAGCUUUAA